CCCCGAGCCGGGCAGGAUGCGGCGGCCGGCGAGCAGAAGGUGCCGCAGUACAGCUGGGACCUGCGAGCCAAGAUUGACCCCAAAGACUAUACUUUCUCUGGACUUAAAAAUGAAACUGUGGGUCGACUGCCUGGAAAAGUAGCAGGGCAACAGUUUGUCAUCCAGGACUGCGAGGACUGCAAAAUCUACAUAUUUGACCAUUCUGCUACAAUCACAAUUGACGACUGUGUCAAUUGCCAAAUCUUUUUGGGACCAAUAAAAGGCAGCGUGUUUUUCCGUGACUGCAAAGAUUGUAAGUGUGUGGUUGCCUGCCAGCAGUUCCGCACGCGGGACUGCAGAAAGCUGGAGGUGUUCUUGUGCUGUGCCACCCAGCCCAUUAUUGAGUCCUCCACAGGUAUGAAAUUUGGAUGUUUCCAGUACUAUUAUCCCGAGCUUGCUCUGCAAUUUAAAGAUGCUGGUCUGAGUAUCUUCAAUAACACAUGGAGCAACAUCCACGACUUUACCCCUGUGUCUGGAGAAAAUAACUGGGGCCUUUUGCCUGAAACUGCCGCAGUCCAAGAUUAUGUUCCUCUGCCCAGCUCUGAGGAGCUGAAAGCCGUCAGGGUUUCUACUGAUGCUACAAAGAGCAUAAUACCAAUAACUCGAGGGCAGAGACAGAAAAACAGCGAUGAAUCGUGUUUGGCCGUGUUUUUUGCUGGUGACUACACAACUGCAAAUGCCAGGAAGUUAAUUGAUGAGAUGACUAGUAAAGGUUUUCAGCUGGUACAGACUAAAGAAGUCUUAAUGAAGGCAGAGGAUGCUCACAGAGUUUUCCAGCAGAGUGCAUUAGAAUUCAUUCCACUGCUGGAAAAAGGUCCAGUGGUUGCUUUGGAAUUCAAUGGAGAUGGUGUUGUAGAACAAUGUCAAAGCACUAUAAAUGAAGUUUUUAGUGGGACCAAGGUUUUUGUAUCAGAAAGCAAAGCUUCAGCAUCUCAAGAUGUAGACAAUUUCUACAAUUUUGCUGACAUGCAGAUGGGAAUGUGAAGUUUAGUAUGAAGGUGCUCACGUACGGUUUGUCUCAGCACUUGGAUGUCACUUGGCUUGAGUAUUGCAUCAGUUUUGUCAUUUAGUUUUGUAUUUCUCAUAUAUCCCUUUUAUAAAGCCACUGGUGUUUUUUAAAACCACAUUAUCUGAACUGGAGUAAACUGCAUAGGUAGCCAUGUGCAUUGUGUUUGAAAUUUAAGUUUAACUUCAAAAACAAUUGACCUUUUCUACUAACUUUUUUACAGUGGUUUCUAAACAUCUAUCGACAUUUGAAUGUUUCUUGACAACAUCUAAUGGUUAUACAUAUUUUAAAAGUGCAAUGCUGAUCCAAGUUCCAUGCAGUAGUAAUUGUUAUAUGUCACUCAGACAUAUUGUUUAGAAAGUGUAUUUAAGUGAAACUUGCCCUUCAAAAUUUCCCCACAUGCAAAUUUGUCUUCACUGGGGGUCCAGGAAGGAGGCUGUAGUCGUUGACUUUUUCUGAAAGCUUAGUCUGAAAUGAAUUUUCCUUGUAACAUGCUUUCAAAAGCAGUUUGUGACUUUGGCUUACUCUGCUUCAGCACACUUUUUGAAUAAAGUUGUUUGCAGCAGCACUUACGGUAAGAGUUGUCACAGCAGCAUUCUGGUAAGAGAGCACUUGCCAGGCUUUUCUGCUUUGAGGUGAAUCUUGAGCAUGAGUGCUCUGCUGAAGCUACUCUAAGGUCUGCUCAGGUUCUUUGGCAAUACAGCUGCCUCUGGCAUUGCCAGCUCACACAUGGGGAGGUUUCUUUGCACUUGGAGAAAUAAACCUCUGGCAUAUUGUUGUUUGCUAGGAGGGACGUAGCCAGCAGUCAGAGAAAGACUUUGAUGGCAUUAAAAACCCCUUCUUCCUUGCUAGACCCCAGGAAAAGGCUUUUACAUAAGUAGAAGUGCAGAAGUAAUCAAGAAAAUGCUGUAAAGCGCUACACACUGCCAUAGGAUUUAUUUUGUAUUAAUUCUAAAGACAGACUGAAGAAAUGCUACCAGCAUUUUGUGAGAUUCAUUUGAAUAGUGUUCACUAAUAGUGCUUAUUGCUAAAUAAUGUGUAUUUUUUAGAAUUAAAAUCUGUAUGGGUAUUAAAUACAUGAUUGAUUUAUUUUUGCAUAUUAUAUCCUUACUGAUUUUUCUACAUGAACUUAGAGCUUAAGUCCAGGUUUACAAGCCCUCUGUAAUACUUGAACCAAUUGUGCAUGCAGACACACAAAACCAAAUUUCAUAAUUAAAACAUGGCUUGCCAGUUUGCAUAGCCUUUACAAUUCAUUGAAUGGAUUGGGCAUGUGUUGAGGUGCUAAAGCAAUUUCCUCAUUAUGGUCAUCCAUCAAAAGGGAAGAUCUUGCAAAUCUUAAUUGAAAAUGAGUCUUGACUCAUCAGUUUCACAGCUAUGGAGCUCCAAAGUGGGUGGCUAAAAACACAUCUCUAAUUUUUUUUUUGAGUUAGCACAUGAAAGAAUCUCUUCUUCUGAAAUUCAUAAUUCUGUAAUGCCCAAGAGAGGUUCUAAACUAUCAUUUUGUUGCUACUGGGCAAAUGCUUGCCGUUAGUUUAAACUAGAGAAUAUGUUCUUAGGACUUCUUGUUGUAGUUAUGAAUAGAUUAAAUAUGGAAGAAUAUCUCCUGAAUAAACAAAACCAUUGGUGUACUGGAGGUAAGAAAAUUUCUACUUCUUUAAAAUGUUUUUAUUUGACAAUGAAAGAAAAUCAAGCCAGUACCAGAAUCCAACUGGUAGCAGAAAUUACCACUUACUUGUACUUAGCCAGCAAGGAUUGAUAUUUUUUUUUUUUUUUGUUUGUAAGUGUGAAGUGAGAUUGUAAAAA